AUGCCAAACCAAAAGCCAACAAUUGCUGUCAUCCCGGGCGCCUGGCUACCUCUCGGUGCAUAUGAUGAUUAUCUGUCAGCACUCAAGGAAGCUGGAUACCCGGGCCUCGGGAUCGGCUACCCGUCCUUGGACCCGGAGGACCCGUCUACCACAGAUAUCGCAAAGGAUACGACUGCGAUUCGAGAGGCGCUAGUCCCCUUGCUUGAUGAAGGGAAAUAUGUAGUCCUUGUACUGCACAGCUAUGGCAGCAUGCCCGGAGCGGCGGCCGCUAAGGGACUCUCGACAACCGAGAGACUGGAUGCGGGCCUGCCGGGCGGAAUAGUCGGGCUCAUAUAUGUCUCCGCAUUCGUGGUCUCGGAGGGCGUGAGCUGCGUCGGCAUGACGGGCGGCGGGCUAGCACCCUGGAUCCUACGAGAUACCCUCAAGGCCGGGCUUACACUGCCGGAGAAACCCGCGCGCAUGUUUGGCAGCGACUAUCCUCCAGGCGAAGCAGAGUCUCGGGGGGCGGCUUGCAGGCCACAUGCGUCCCUGGCCUUCGAGACACCCCAGCUGCCGCCGGCCGCAGAGGACGACGCAUUUACGGGGAAACUGGGCUACAUCGUUACGACGCAAGACGAUGAGGUGCCCAAGGAGGCCCAGUAUGCCAUGAUUGGCGGUCUCAAGAAGGACUGGGUUGUGAGGGAGAUUGCUGGGAGCCAUAUGUCACCCUUUGGGGGACGACGUCUCGCAGAUAGCAUCCAAGCCCUUACUCAGUUGAUCGAAUCCUUCGAAAAAGUCUGA